AUGUCCGCGGCAGAAAAUCCCUACCGGACCUACGAAGCCCUCAGGACCGCCCAGGCCACGGUGGCCGGCGCACCCAACAGCGCCGAGCUGCUCUUCAUGCCGGUGCAGGGCACCGUGCAGAGCGCCAUCGAGGUGCUCCCCAACCCAAAGGACCCAGACACGCGGACACCCUACUACGACCAGGCAGCCGGGACUCACCACCCCGUCGGCGCGCUGCCCAUCUCGGAGCCCAAGGUGUCGUCCAUCACCGUGCGCGUGUCGGAGCUGGAGGACUGGGAGGAGAGCUGGCUCAACGUGCACGAAGAGCACUCGGAGCCGGACGCGCCGGACGCGUUCCCCAACGCGAAAUGGGGGAAGCUGAGCGGCGGCGGUGGGGACGAGGAUGAUGAGGAGGAGGAGGACGACGACGAGCCGCAACUACUGCGCUGCUGCAAGCAGGACCGGCCGCGCGGCAAGAACGCCAAGCUGACGAUCAAGCCCUCCAAGGCGUGGGACGGCCAGGACGGCGGCUUCGUCACCGUCCACGACUACGUGAGCGCGCUGCACCCGUGGCUGGUGCGGUUGCGGGGCGACAUCCUCGGCGCGAUGGGUACGGCGGACGGGCUGGACGAGCCGCUCGGAAACGAGACGGACCUGGUGGUCAACUGCGACGCGGUGCACAGCUUGAUGAUGGAGCUGCGGACGUCUUGGAUCGGGCACAAGAAGGGGCUGCAGGUCCGGGAGGCGGUUGGGGGCAGGCUCCGUACAAGUGAGAUUGUCACGUCCGAGUAG